AUGCCCAAAGAGGUGGCCGGCCUUGACACAACGUGGUUCAAGGGCGUCUCCUACGAGGUGGACGGCCGCGGCCGGUCCGGUCUGCUUGAGGACCUCCGACACUACUCGUUCAGCAGAAACGGCUCUCACAUUCUGGAGGCCUAUCGGCAAAUCUCUGGCAACUUUUUGGGCCCGCUGACGGUCGCGGAGGGCAGAAAUGCUUUCCACAUUCGAACCUUGUUCCACUGCUGGGAGCAGAUUACCGCCGCUGAAGCAGAACACGGCCAGCGCUACAAGUACUGGAUAUUUGCACGCUUGGAUUGGCUGUGGCUUGCACUGCCACCCGCUUUAUCCACUUUCCAACGAGCUGAUCCAGCUGCUGUUUGGAUUCCGGACGGGCAGGACUGGGAUGGCAUCAAUGACCGCUUUGCCGUGGUACCACGGAGGUAUGCAAAGCCAUACUUUGGCAGGUGGCCUUGGCUAGUGAACGGCAGUCUGCUUCCGAUGAUGCUUCGGGCCGCCACACGCAGUCGCUCUGAACUGUCCCCUGACCUCUAUCGUGGCCCAGAGUGGUCUCUGCUUGCUGCGCUGCACUGGUAUCGGGUUCCAGUCCGACGCUUUGGGUCCACAGGAGCGGUGCUUUGCCUGGGUGGCCGUCGUGCAAAGUACGGGCGCUGCACGCGGCGAAAGAGACCGAGCGAUUUGUCAUAUAAGUACAGCGGCGAGGUCAGUGAAUCGUCUGCAAAUGUUCUCCUGUUGCGAGACAGCUGGACCUGGCGCUUUUUGGCCUCACCACGCCUUGAGCCGCCCUGCUUCGACAAGGACGGGGACGAAAAGUGGUGCUGCAGCACUCAGCAUGGAGUUGCAGGUAACGCCAAAUGCUGGACCGACGUCUACAACUACGCGCGCUGCUGCCUAGAUCGACCUGCCGGGCUGUUUGCAAGAACAAAAGCCAGCUGCGCCGAGGCCCUUCUGACCUCCGGCCAGUAUCCAUUUUGUUGGAACAUCGUCGAAGCUGUGCAGCGAUGCCUUGGACGGGAGCUGUGCCAGGCCAGCGGCCCAGGUGGCGACAUCUAUGUCCUCGACAAGGCGUGCUCUCGAGUCACGUUGGCCACCGUGACGGGUGGAACCUCAGGCGGUGGCGUGGUUGUCGCUGGCGGUUCCCAGGGCUCUUUCCUUUCGAAUCUCUUCUUUCCGGAGGCAUUGGCGUUCGAUGAUGCAUCUGGGCAGCUGUACAUUGCCGACACCCAGAAUCACCGGGUGCUUCGCUGGAUUCCCAGUGGGGCUUCCGGAACGGCCGUGGUCGAUGGUGGCCCGGGCACAGAUGCAGGAAAGCUGAACUUUCCUUCUGGAGUGACCCUGACAAGCAGCGGGUGGCCAAGCAGGGCUUGA